GCUGCACCGUGGCUGUCACAGACACACAGGAGCAUGGCUCAAACCUGGGGCAACUUUUUCUUAUCUUUAUUCGAUUACAAAACAGAGAAAUUUGUCAUCGCUAAAAACAAAAAGGUCGGUGUUCUGUUCCGACUCUUUCAGCUGGGGGUUAUUGGAUAUCUGAUCGGGUGGGUUUUUAUUUGGAAGAAAGGAUAUCAGGAGACUGAGGAAGCCAUCCAGAGUUCUGUGUUUACCAAACUCAAGGGCGUAGAUCUUACCAACAGCACUACACACGGUCUUCAACUAUGGGGGGCAGAGGAUUAUGUCAUCCCUUCGCAAGGGGACAGGGUCUUCUUUAUUGUGACAAAUUACCUAGUGACACCAAACCAAAAAUUGGGUUUCUGCCCUGAGAAUCCAAAGGUGCCAGAUGGCUUUUGUACUAGUGAUGAUGACUGUUUGGAAGGGGAAAGUGUCAUAGCAGGCCACGGAGUGAAGACUGGCCUCUGUCUGAACGACACAGGGACAUGUGAGAUUCAUGCCUGGUGCCCUGUAGAGCAAGGCCAUACACCACAGACGCCCAUGCUGGCAAAGGCAGAAAACUUCACAGUCUAUGUAAAGAACUUCAUCAAGUUUCCAAAAUUUGCCUUCUCCAAGUCAAAUGUCCUACCGACCCGCAACAGCACAUAUCUGAAGACAUGCAGAUAUGAUAGAAAGUAUCACCCCUUCUGUCCUAUCUUUCGGGUGGGAGAUGUGAUACAGUGGACCGGCUACAGUUUUCAGGAUUUUGCAACAAAGGGUGGAGCUAUUGGAGUUGGAAUUGAGUGGAAUUGUGAUUUGGAUAAGGAUGAAUCCCAUUGCAUCCCGGAUUAUAGCUUCACACGUUUGGAUGCCUCUGAAAAUUCAAACAUCUCGUACGCUUCCGGUUACAACUUCAGGUUUGCUCGUUAUUUCAAAGAUGCAGGAAGGGAGACCUCCCGAAAUCUAUAUAAAGUAUAUGGCAUUCGCUUUGAUAUACUCGCCAGUGGAAAGGCUGGGAAAUUCAACAUUAUUCCUACAAUGGUCAAUAUAGGCUCUGGGCUUGCUUUAAUGGGUGCUGCAGUUUUCGCCUGUGACAUGAUUCUUCUCUACAUGAUGAGCAAAAGUUCCUUCUACCGAGAGACAAAAUUUGAGGCAAUCACAAAAAAACAACCUGGGAAACACAGGGAAAAAAAGCAUACAAGACAUCAUGGUCACCAUCGCCAAGGUAGACAACAAAAGCGGGAGGAGAAACAGGCAGCAGAGAUGCAGCUGCUGACAUCAGAAUCAUGUCAGCCCAAUAGUAACCCAGAGAGAGAGAUCCGACCCACAGGCUCAGCACUCAAAACUCACAGUCCUGAGAGAAAGCCAAUGGGUUCCGUAUCAUUCAGGACUCAACAGGGUACAGAAAAACUGAUUAUUUCUCCUGUUUCGUCCUUGAAAACACCACGCAACCAGUAGAGGAUUUCUCUGAAACUGAAAUCCCGUUGGAUUUACUGUGGAAGUACAAAAGAAGCGAUGACAACGGAUGAAUGCACCAUACCAAAAUGGAAACGUUUCAGUCCUUUUUAAACGUUGUUUUUAGGUGGCGAUGGAAGUUUUUGUUACAGAGAAACUACAUACCAGAACUUUAUGAUUAAAGUAAAUAAUUAAUUUAUUAAAUAUGACCCGUGUUGGCACAAACCAAAUUGUAGACGUCAUGAUGUAUGUGAAAUGAAAAAAAAAAAUGAACUCCUGGCAAGUGCUUAUUGUUUACAUCUUGCAAAAGGGUCUAUAUUCUAACAUUGUAUUGUAUUAAGUAAUCUUGGUCUUUACAUUUUUUUUUUAUCACAUUAGGUUUCUGCCUAAAUGCUUAAAAUGUUUUGAAGACAAAUAGAAACAUGCCCACCAUACACAGAAAGUCCUUCAAUUCUGUUUAAUGUUUACAGUAAAUAUAAAAUAUCUCCAAUACCUCAAAAGUGAUAGAAACAAACUGUGUCUGAAGUUAAAAUAUACAAUUUCAGAGAAUAUAAGGAUUACUUAACAAUUUUUUGGAUCUCUACAAAGUUUUUUGUAAAUAUGAAUUCUUUAUUUUCUUAAAAUGGGGCAAAUGGUAACGAGUGGGCGUGUCUAAACCUUUGACUCACUGUAUAUAAAUAACAUAUACUCCUACAGGGGUAUAGUGUUAUACAGUAUAGACACAGUAUUGUCUGUUAAAAUGCUAAACUCAAGAGAAAUUAAAACAAUUAUAUGGAAUCAAAAUGUAAAAUACACAAAAUUAGUAGGCCUAUCUAAUCUAAUACAUGACUGCACCAGCUCACAGUCUUGAGUUACAAAUGCCUGAAACAGAAUAUUAUCGGUUUACACUACAAUGAUUCAGUUGCGAUCCUCAUGACAACCAAAGUAAAUCUGAGAAGUUUUAAUUAGGUAAAAUUACUUGAAAUAUUAGUAAGUUAAAUUGUACAUUUUCUUGUCAUGACAGACACAGUGUACUUUACAAAACCACAUAAAGAAAUCCAUAAGGUUAAAGAUUUAUUUUCAUCAAAAUGGCUGUGAUAAAAUGAUGUGGGUAAUACAGUUAGAAGUUUGUAUUGUUUAACAUUGUUCUUGAUAAGGGCUUUAGUUCACAGAGGUUUAACAUAAUGCAUACAGAGCAGUGAUUCACUAAUUAACCACACUAGAUUCCAAAACCAUCUGUUCUCUGAAAGGAAGUAGUAGAAACAUAUCUAGUAGUAGGAAAAUGUCAAAUUACAGUAGGAAAGUAUUUGACAUCAGAAAAUAAUUAAAUAUUUAAAGUUCAGUGCGAUCAAUAAGUACAGAAAAGAAAAUAUUUUAAGAUUUAAUAGCUUUACACAUUAAGUAACGGACAUGAUCUAUGGUACAUCAAUCUGCACUCGUUCUGCUCUUAAUCUCUUAUAAUGAGGUUAGCAUCUCUAUCUUGUUACUUUUCUACAUCACCAUUGCUAUUGUAUUUUCUGGUU